AUGGACGCGCCCGAGGACGGGCUUGGGCGGCAGGCGAGGGUGCAAUCGUAUAGCGAGAGUCUCGUCUUCGAGCCUGGACAGGUUGUGGACCUGGCUCUUGCGAACCCGGGGCAAGAAGUCAUUCAUGCUGGUAUCCUCUACCGGAAGAACGACCCAUUAAAGCGGAGUCCAGCCCAUGUCGAGUUCCUCACACUUAACAGCCUCACCAACCGUCAUGUCCAACGCUCCAACACGCUCUCACCCAUGAUCCAAGACCGCGCGAGCACCGUCUUCGUCUCCUCCUUCUCGCACUCCACUCCGCACGACCUCAGCUCGACCGCGAGCAACGGGAACGCGUUCUACCCUCUCUCCUUCCACGCUCGACGCGAGCAACGCAUGGCGGAGCUGGGCCUCUUCCACGGCACGGACGCUUCCGCGAUGGCCUUCGGCUUCGUGCGCGAUGGAGAGAAAGUGAGCGACGCAGAGACUGAACCUGUUGGACGUGUUCUCGUACGUUUCGGGUAUUCCCCGGCACAACGUCUCAUGCAACUGGUACAGUCGCAACCGUGGUGGAGGGCCGUGAAGCGGAUGAAGCAUUUGGGGCCGUAUUAUGAACCGACCAUGGCCUUGUGGCAACUAGGCAACUGGCUCCAGAUCUGCAUGCUCAUGCAAUCUGUUCUCGAGUGCAAAGAUGCCGCACGGUUCCGCCAAGGACCGGGUCUUUGCACCCCUCAAUAUGGCUUCCGCGACGAGCCGGGUCGUGACGCGGUCUCAAGAUCUCAUGGGUCGCGCGUUCAAUGGCGCCCGUCAGAUCGGAUGGGUGUCGAGCUUCUGGCCAACUUGCCACUGCUUGGUCUCUUAGGCGGGGGCCCUUAUUGCUUCCGCUUCCGACGUGGAGGCGUCGAUCCGGAGAACGGGCAGGUCGUGAUUCCGGCAUCGAUCUUCAAGCGACUCACAACCAUGUACUCGAUCGAGAACGGCGAACUCACGAACCCACAGGAGUCUGUCGCUGGCCAGAGCCCUGGUUGGGUUCGCAUGUCGAUCCAAGACCAUGAUUAUAGUGAUGACCCUAACCCAGGACCGAUUUUUGACACGCGUGUUCAAUUUCGAGUCGCCUCGAGGGAUUCCACUUGA